CUUUCAGUGUAUUGUAACAUUGAACCAAUGCAUUGUGCAUUUGCUUAUGACUAGUAGUUGCAGAGAAUUUGUGCAAAAAAAAAUUAAUUUGACAAUUAUAAAAGUUUACAAAGAAACGCCUCAUUUCUUGCUAUCACAAAGACCAAUCAAAUCUUCUCAAAAUGGCUGACGAUUGGCAAUCGCAAAAGAUACGACAGAAUAUCAUCAAUAAAAUCAAUGAUUUGUUGCAGAACACUGGCCAGGACAUUUCAAAGGCACGCGUUAUGGAAAAUCACAUAUUUAAGAAAUCCAAGAGCAAAGAUGAAUAUUUGGGCAUGGUGGCAAAGCUAUUUACGCAUUUCAAAGGCAUGCCAAAUAGGAGGCCCCAACAGGCACCACCACCAAAUGCUGAAGUUCCACAACAAAACAUGAUGCAAGAUCCGCUGAAUGCCUUGCAGAACUUGGCCAGCCAAGGCAAUCGUAAUCCCCAAAUGAUGUCAAUGCCGGGUGGGGGGCCUAAUGCUCAACAAGGUGGUCAAGGGCCAAGUGGUCCUGUGCCAGCCUCAAACCUUUUGCAAACCCUAAAGCAACAACGUCCGGGCCAGCAAAUGCAACAGAUGCCAGGACUUAGAACACAGAUGGUCAUGGGCGGCGCUGUGGGACCUGGGCAACAACAGGUCAACAUGGGACCGGGCCAGCAGCAAAUGAUGGGCGGCCCCAUGGGAGUGCAAAUGAAUGUUAUGGGUGGACCAAAUCUUGGUCCGAAUCAGCAAAUGGUGGGAAAUACACAAAUGGGUGGUGCCACGGGUGGGCCAGGCAAUGUAGGUGUCGGCCCUGGUGGUCCCCAAGGAAUGGUCCCAGGACAAAUGAACCAAAUGGGUGGUCCUGGUACUGUGGGGCCAAUGGGUCCCAAUGCCGGACCUGGUGGGCCAAAUCAAAUGCAAAUUGGAAUGCAACAUCCGCAGCUGAAUCAAAUGAUAAAUGCACGCAUGAAUCAAGGAGGUCCAGGGGGACAAAUGAAUGUGGGUGGGCAUGCUGGACCCAAUCAAGGUAUGCAGGGUUUGCCACCAAAUAUGCAACAGAAUCAAGCUGGCGUUGGUGGUGCAGGUGGUGGACCCAUGCACAUGGGCAAUAUGGGGCAGGGAAAUGCAAGCCAAGGGCAGGGACCAGGUGCAAUAGCAAAUAAUGCGGGGCCACAAGGCAACCUUAAUCAAAUGUUAAAUAUGCCCCCCGGAAUGCAAAAGAAUCCCAAUAUCACUAUGGGUCAAGGACAACAAAUGUUUAAUGUUAAUCGCGGAGUAGGGGGUCAACAACAGUUCUUACGUCAAAGUCCCUCACCCAGUACAGUUGCGUCGCCAGCUAGCUCUCUCAAUGUACAACAACAACAGCAGCAGCAACAACAACAACAACAAAUGCAGCAACAAGUUGUAAAUAACCAACAGCAAAUGCAACAGCAGGCGAAUCAAAAUGUUGUACAACAAAAUACAAUACCCAACCAACAAAUGAUACCCAGUCCUGCCCUGGUACCCAUUGCAAGUCCACAAAUGUCAGGCCUUAUGCAAAAUCCCAAUCAACGUCAACAAAUGCGCCAUUCACCAAGCGCAUCCAUUAAUACACCCGGCCAGGUGACCCAAAAUAGUCCCUUUAAUCCCCAAGAAGAUCAGUUAUACCGUGAAAAAUACAAACAGUUGACCAAAUACAUUGAACCGCUGAAAAGGAUGGUGGACAAAUUACGCAUUGAUGGUAACAACAAUGCUGAGAAUUAUAAGAAGAUGAACAAACUUUUGGAAAUUCUAAAGAAUCCUUCGCAAAGAGUGCCUUUGGAAACCCUGUUGAAAUGUGAAAAGGUUUUGGAGAACACCGACAUGGACUCGUAUUCAGAUCACUCAUUUGGGAAAUCUUCGAAUCCCCUUAUGGAAGUCAUCAAUGCAACUCUACAAAGUCCCAUGGCAAAUCACACUCUAUAUCGCACAUUCAGACCCAGCCUUGAAUUGCUUUUUGGCACCGACAUUGCCGCACCACCAGCCAAAAUGCCAAGACCUGCCGAAAAGCCACCGAAGGGUGAUUUAGAAAUACCACAUGUGCUGCAGGGCGAAAUUGCACGAUUAGAUAAAAAGUUCAAGGUUAGCCUGGACCCUGCAGCACAAAAUAAUCCCGAGUCCAUACGUUUGAUUUGUUGCCUAGAUGAUAAGAAAUUGCCUUGUGUACCUCCCGUUAGCAUUAAUAUACCGGAGGAUUAUCCUUGGUCCUCACCAGAAUGUUCUCUCAUCGAGCAUGAUUAUUCGGCAACGCCCUUCUUAAAGGCCGUACAAAAUGCCUUGGUGGCUCGUAUUGCCAAAUUGCCCAAAUUGCAUUCAUUAUCCCAUUUACUGGACACAUGGGAAAUGUCGGUACGCCAGGCAUGUUCACCAAACGCCGCAAAACCAAUUUGUGAAUUUACUGCAUUGUUUGGAAUGUAAAGACUUUGAUAGAAUACGCUAACUAAACUAAUCAACUCAGACAAUUUUUUUUUAGAAUAUAUACCUAAAGUGAAUUCUACUAUUCCAUGGAAUUGUAAAUAAAUUAACUUGAAAAUAAGGUA